UUUUAGACCUUGUAUUGUGUUUGUGUCUAUCAUUAAUAUCGUAUUGCUGUGAUAUACAUGCGAACUCGGUAACCAUUAUUGAUUCCUGUGCUGAUUUAAGGUAUUAAGCAUAAGCUAGCAUUGACAUACGCGUAUAGGCCAACGUAUACGACUGAUGAAUAGGGAUUGCGCCCGGCAUCUGUUGACAUAUCUUUGGUUUGUAUACUUUCGCCUCGCCCGCCCAUUAACGGCCAGAUACGCUAAUAAUAUGCUUUGGUUGGCAGUGACUUUCAGUUAUAACAAUGGACCACCGCCAAAAUGCACUGUAUGUAAAUCAAUGAUUUUGAGUAGGCCUGCCGGUACGGUUUACAGUACACACACGCACGGACGCAAUUUUGCCACGUGGACUAUACAACAGCUACGCCUCUGCUGUGUUUACCGAUAGAUAUAGUAGCAACAGCUGUAUCGUUGAAACAAAAUAUGUAAAUGAAACGCGUAACCACGUGAUUGUUUACUGCUUAUAGGUGAUGACAAUGAAGAUGCGACGCCUGGACUGCACUGCCUUUGAUAAUUUUUCUUCACACAAUUCCGAGAGCGUCAACGCUGCAUAAUGUUGUGUCUGCUAGUAUUAUUAUGAUUUGCCACAUGCGUGCACGGAAAGCUAUAUGACAACGCCACUGAUUGAUCGUGCAUCUUCUCAUAAUUCAUCGCAUGGCUUCCUCGUUUCCAUGGUAAUAACCUUUAAGAUAAAAAAAAAUCCUCCACCGCCUGUGGCCUGUUUGGCUCAAGUGUGUGCCGUCUUACUAACAGGAUUACAUCACACGGGCCAGAUUGUGCUGAGCUGGCCUCUGCAGUGAUCGUUGAAUGUAAGUGUCUCCAUGCAUGGAAUACGAUGCGGCCAUUUUAUACAACUUUUGAAAUAAUCGUUUGUUUUUCAUCAGAAAAAAAAAUGAAAACAGUAGACCCAAUUGAUUACGUAAGGUGCGCAUCACUGCUUUAUAUGUUCGUGUACUGAGCGAGAAUUCAAUUUAUACAUGCAAAACUAAACCUGUUAUUUGACCACAACACGCGCGCAUACAUUGUGGUGGAGUGGCUUGCGAGGACCAAAUUGUUGAAGCUUCAUGCGUUGACUAAACGUGUCCAAAAGACUACAAACGGGUUUCAACCGAAAGAACGUUAGUCUGCAGGAUUUAUUGAAGUGGCAAACGACCGGAAUGGGAAUUGAUAUGACUGGAAAACCACGUUCAUGCCUACGCGACUUCCAGCUCCAGCUCUAUGUUCUGGGAAAAUUAUGCUUCUCGCUUCUAUAGUGGUUAAAACACGUGCGAUGUACUAACACAGUCCCAGCAGGAUAUAUAACCCCGCCUCGCUAUUGGAGAUCACCCAAUUUGAUGCUUUCAGCGUGCACUAUACAAUGGCAUCGUGCGGAGUACUGCUUUGAGUCAUGAAGCUUGACACUCUGAAGGGACUAGCAAUGUGAACAUGACAGUUUGCCGUCUGCGGCCAGUACUAGCCAUGUUGAUCAUCAGCAGUUGGGCCGCGAGGACUUUUCCCAGUGACGUCUACCCGAACCCCCAGGAGGAUCUGUAUCGCUGCGGACGGAGAGGGCGCCCUUCGUGGGUAUGCGAUCCGGAUCAAGUGUUGUCAUUUAAUGAAGCGGAGGAUGUCAACACUGCCCUCGGUAAUAUACGUCUAGAGACUGACUGUUCCUGUAGCAAUAGCGCCCUCUGCUCCAAUCACAGUAGCCAUGGAUUCAGCGUGGCAGUCGCUGUUAUGUCUUUUAUACCAACAACUCGAGCACAGCUCAUUAGUGCCAGUACCUAUGCAAAGUACCUCAGGGAACACGAAUGGCUUUACGGCAAUUGUCAGGACGAUGUCGUCAUCGUUGUCUCCAAACAUGACAAACAGGUUGCUGCUUCUAUCGGAGACACUGCUGCCAAGAAGCUCACUCCAAGAGUUCUAAAAGACAUCUUGAGCGACACCAGUGACUAUUUCCAAAAUGAAAACUUUGCAGCGGGACUCUUGGAAAUGAUCGACCGCAUGAGGGCGGCCUUUGAGAACGAUUACGUCGUCACCCCGUCGUUUCCAGUGUGGACCGUCGUUCAAAUGGCAAUGGCCGCUUUGUGUGUCCUGAUAUGUUUUUUCAGUAUGUACAUAUGCAGGAGACUUUAUUCCUAGUUUUGUUUUUCCAUUCCGAGGUAAGUUCGAAGACCAGACUUUUAUAUAAAAUGACGACAAAUAUCAAAUACAAUAUGUUACCGUAAUGGCCGAUUUAAUGUUUACUUAUAAGCGAGGAGUUAAGUAUUCGACUCAUUCGAGCAUUGCAGACUGAUAUUAUAUCUGUGAAAAGCCUUACUCUGAAGCGAGUGGGGGCGCUCUAACACCAUUCAGGGUUACGGUACGACAGUAAGUUUACAAACUAUCCAACCGAAGAUCUGCCUUUUUCACAAGAUUUUUUGACAAAUUAUUUCAAACUUCAGUACAUGUAUACAAAAAAAACUCAUUUUUUUCACAGUGCUUAUUUUGUGUGUAGGUACAGUUUAAUAAUGAAAUAUGAUAUUCCUACUCAUUUCAUUCGCUCGUACCCACCGCCCAAGCAGGGCCGCUGGGACAGGCUAAUUUCGUCUGGAUGAAUGACGUAUAAUUUCGUCGAGCCUUCAUUGGAUAGAAUUUGUUGAACAUAACACGGGUCAAUUUUUCCACGGCCACCCUCAAUGUUUUUCGCGCCUGUGCUUCCUUGAUCAAAUUUUGUGAAGGAGAGUAGCCCUCUCCAGCGCCUCCCUCACAACAUCCAGGGAAGAGGCCAGACUCCAACUCUGGAAAGAAAGACUGAGAAACAACCUGUCAACCCCCCCCCCCCCCC